AAGGCACCACAAGCGACUUCCCCGCUGGGCUCGGCAGGCUCCUCUCUGCCUCCCACAGUAGCGGCGCUCCCUCCUCCGGCACCAGACCGCCCUGCUCCUCCUCGGCCAGGCAGAGGGCGCAGCCCAAGCCUCAGCAGCCCCGCCGCCGCGCCAUGCAGCAGCCGCCGGCUCCAGCUGCUGCCCUUCUGCUGGUCCUGCUGGCGACCGCCUCCUCUCAGACCCUGUUCCACAGAACCCGAGAGGAGGCUUCCCAGUUCCUUCGCCAAAGGCACCGUCGAGCCUUCCAGGUCUUCGAAGAGGCCAAGCAAGGCCACCUCGAGCGAGAAUGCGUGGAAGAGAUCUGCAACAAGGAAGAAGCCCGCGAGGUGUUCGAAAACGACCCUGAGACGGACUAUUUUUACCCGAAAUACUUGGCAUGUAUUAAUACGUAUGGCACAAGAAGUCCAGAUUUCCAUACAUGUGUGCAUAAUCUGCCAGAUCAGUGUUCACCUAAUCCAUGUCAUAAAGAAGGUACUAAAACAUGUGAAGAUAAGAAGGGUGGAUUCUUUUGCCAAUGUGAAGGAGGAUGGCAAGGAGAAAGAUGUGAACAAGAUGUUGAUGAGUGUUUUGAGAAGAAUGGGGGCUGUAAGCAGAUCUGUCUCAACAAGCGAGGCAGCUAUCGCUGUUCUUGUUAUAGUGGCUAUGCUCUGCAGAAGGACAACAAAACUUGUGAAGAUAUUGAUGAAUGCAUGGUAUCACCAGGCAUUUGUGGAGAAGCUCACUGUAAAAAUUUGAUAAGUUCCUAUACAUGCUUUUGUGAUGAAGGCUACAAGUUUGAUGAUGUAAGAAAGCUUUGCCUAGAUGUGGACGAAUGUGCCCAUAACUUUUGUGAGCAAACCUGUGUCAAUUCACCAGGAAGUUACAGCUGCCACUGUAAUGGAAGAGGAGGAGUUAAACUUUCCAGUGACAUGAAUACCUGUGAGGAUAUUUUGCCUUGUGUAUCUUUUGCUGCUGAAAAAAGUAUUAAGUCACUCUACCUUGGAAGAAUGUUUAGUGGCACACCGAUUAUCAGACUCCGUUUUAAAAGGAAACAACCCACAAGACUUGUGGCUGAGUUUGACUUUAGAACCUUUGAUCCUGAAGGCAUUAUUUUCUUUGCUGGGGGCCAUAAAGACGGAACAUGGAUAGUCUUGGCUUUGCGCAAUGGCCGAUUAGAACUGCAGCUGAAGUACAAUGGAAUAGGUCGUGUGACCAGCAGCGGGCCAGUUAUCAACCAUGGAAUGUGGCAGAUGAUAUCUGUUGAAGAACUAGAUAGAAGUUUGGUUAUAAAAGUCGACAAGGAAGCAGUUAUGAAGAUAGCUGUAUCAGGAGAUCUCUUUAUUCUGGACAAACGACUGUAUCAGCUACAUCUAACAGUGGGAGGCAUUCCUUUUAACAUCAACUAUCUUGUCCAGCCAAUUAACCCUCGAAUAGAUGGCUGCAUGCGGGCCUGGAACUUUCUGAAUGGUGACGAUACAACCAUCGAAGAUACAGUGAAACUAAAUAAUAAGAUGCAGUGCUUUAGAAUAGCAGGAAGAGGCUCUUUCUACCCUGGCAACGGUUAUGCUAUCUUUAAUCUAAAUUAUACACAAUCUCACAACAGUAAUGAAACCAGGAGGAAAUGGGGAGUAAAAAUAAACAUUCAAAUGCGGCCAGCUACAGAUACUGGGGUGCUUUUUGCUCUAGUCAAAAGUGAAGCAAGAGUCCCUUUGUCAGUCGCUCUUAUUGAUUACCAUUCUACAAAAAAAAUUAAACAGCAGUUUGUUGUUCUGGCAGUGGAGCACACAGUGGUUUGCAGACUGGCAGUAAACAUUUGUGAUGAGCAGGAGCACGCGGUUGACAUUGCCAUCAACAACAGUCAAAUAUUGCUCACUGUGGAUGGGACUACAGGACAGAAUGAGCUAAGCAAUUCACAGCUAGAAGAGAACCUGACCAUCUUGGAUAAUUAUUUGCAGUCAUCUGUAAAGACCUAUGUAGGAGGAUUGCCAGAUGUUCCUGUCACUUCAACUCCAGUCACCGCUUUCUACCAUGGCUGCAUGAAAGUGAAUGUUAGUCAGCAAGCUCUGGACCUGGACGAGGCCCUGUACAAAUCCAGUGAUAUCACAUCUCAUUCUUGUCCUCCAGUAGAGACUGAUCAAUAGAUGUGAUUGAAGCCCCCAAAGUUUUAUAUUAAAAAACCCUCUCAACGCUUUCUUUUUUAAAAAAAAUAUUAUACAUAUAUAUAUAUAAAGAUAUAAAUUAUUCAGACUUCCAGCACUGUGUGUAUAGUCCUCUUGAACACUGAAGUUAUAUAGAGCUACUGAAACUCAAAUGUAAGAUUAAUUAUUGAAAUAUUUCUUUGCUUUGGAGAGUUUCAAAUGUGUAAUAUAUUUGUAAAUAGUUCAGAAGACUUAAUAACCCAAAGCUGCAAACAAUUGCCUAAGGUGAGUAGUUAAGAGACAGAUCAUAUCUGUCAUGUUGCAACUGGUAAUAUAUUCUGCGUGGACUGGAAAAUUUAAAAUAGUUCUGUAUUUUUUUAUUACCAAAUGCUGCUUCUUGAUUUACAAAAUAUGAAAGAAUAAAACAUGAAGCUUUUUUGGACUU